CUUCCUCUUCCUCCACCCCCCAAUUGUCGAUUCAUCGCCCUUUGACGCCAGUCAGCACUAGAAGAGGCUUGUCUGGGGAUGGAUGCUGCGUGUCUAUAUCGUUAAAAAUUAAUUUACCCUCAGAAUCAUGGCGUCGUCUCUCGCCGCGCAGUUGUCGCAGAUCGCGGCCAACUCGACCAGCCAAACGAACCUCCGAGCCCAGCGAAUCCACCAUUCGCAAUCGCUGAUUUUCGACAAGAAGGUUGCCGGAUCUCAGGACUUCCAGACGAUUUACGAAAUAUGUUACGACGGAUUCCAGGAGCUAUGUCUGGUGGACCCCCGGUUUGCGCCGUUCGAGCGCACCAUCUUCAGCGAACAGAGCAUCAGCGAGGACCGAGGGGAAAUGAACGUUGCUCAGAACAAGGAGCUGGAUGUCGUUAUCGAGGCUUUCCUGGCCCUGGUUGGAGGAAGGUUGCUGCUGAGUCCGGCAGUUAAAGCGGUGGAUUGGCUUAUUCGGCGAUUCCGAAUUCACGAGCACAACACCGCGUUUACGAUUCUGACUUUCCUGCCGUACCACACCACUCCUCUUUUCCUAAACCUGCUCUCGAUACUCCCCAAGGACUUGUCGCCCACGUUCAAGGUGCUCAACCCAUACAAGCAAGGCAUGGUCAACCCUCCUCGUCAUCCUCUUUUGCACAGUGCUACGACAAACAAGCCAUUCUUCGCGGCGCUUAAUGAAUAUACCCUUACGGUCAGCCGACAGCAGGCCGGCCACCAUGCGCUCCUCUCAUUCUGGGCAGGCAUCAUGACGGAAGCAGUUGCGGGAAUGUUGGACACAGCGCGCUCGGGUCGCCGAGCGGUGGAGAAACAGCAGCACGACGAUAUUAUUUUGCGAGUGCUCCCGGUCCUGAAUGACGGACUUGGCAUGAAGGACGUCUCGGAGUUGGUGAUUGGGUGCUACAUGGUGUGCGUGGUUCUGGCGCAGAAGGCAUCUCUGCAGGACAACGUCCUCGACGGUCUGAUGGAGGGUGUUGCGGCCUCGUGGACUGAAGAGACGGUGAAUUCGGGUCUGAUUUGUCUGUCCGUUCUGGCACAGCAGAAGCCCACCGCAACGAUACCUAAGCGGGCUUUCAAGGCAAUCCUUCGACUGGACAACCCCGUGAAGCAGCUGUCCGAAAUCUCGAGCCAGUAUAAGACGUCCAACCUGCUCCUUGCGCUUGUGGCUGGUUGCGUCGGCGAUCUUUCGAAGCAGAAGGACUCUUCCCGACUCGACCUGUUGUCGCUUAUGUUCGAAACGCAAUUGUUCGGCGAAGAGGACACCGGCCGGGCUAUGACCUUGGUCAUGCAGGCUGCCAGCAAUGCGAACAAGGAAGGUGUCAUGUCCUUGGAUUCUCAGACUCAUCUGGCGGAUCUGGUACAACACUUCAGCAGCUCAGAAACCCUCAAGCCCAUCUUCCAAAAGGCCGUUGCAGAAUCAGCCCUGAACAUCACGGCUCUGGAACACAACCUGCAGACAGUCCUCGAGUCGGCGCCGACGCCAAAGGCCGUGGAGGACGUGGACAUGGAAGAUGCAGAGGAGAAACCGGAAGAGGAUGCUUUCCCGUCAGCCCUUGAACCCUUGAAGGGAGAGAGCCUGUUCAAGGCCUCCUUCCUGAGUGCUCAGUCUAUCCCGGUUUUCGACCGCCUGGUCCAGGUCUUCGCGCUCGCAGUGGGAUCGCAGGAGAAACUUGAUGCUUUCACCGAAUUGAAGGUGCUCGGAAAGGCCGAAGCUACUAAGACGCCUCAGUUCCUGUCUUUCUUCAUCCGCGUUUUCUCUGGUCCAUUCCCCAUUGGCACCCGGGCGGCGGCCUUGAGCAUCGUUUCCGGAUUCCUCAACUCUGCCGGCCUUGAUUUCCAGGCUCUGAUUCCCUUCGCUUUGGUUGCCCUGACUGAUUCUUCCGAAAGAAUUCGCCGUGAAGCUGCCGGGCUCUUGGCCACUAUUGGCAAUCUGUAUAAGAAGAGCAAGAAGGCAGACAGCCUGACUAUUUGGGCCCGUGAAACCCUGUACGGCCAAGAUAAGCAGUCCAAGAAUAUCCCUUGGCUUUCCGGUCGGGAUGCCCAGAAAGUGCUGGAGCGUGCAUUCGUCCCCGGUCUGGAGGAGUACAUCCUGGAUCCCGCCCAUAUCGGCCGUGUUCUGGAGACGACCCUGCGCGGCUCUUCAGUGCCCGACUCCGGAGCUUCGGAGAUCAAGAAGGCUCUCCGAUUGAGCCUGUUUACCUUCCUUUGCUCCCAUGCCGUUCAAGUGCCGCUCUUCGCCCCCAAGGAUGGACUGCUCAAGCUGCUGAACCGCGUUGACAAGGCCGGUGGAACCACCCGUACCAAGGAACUCGAGCCCCUGCUCAAGACUUGGCGCGGCCUGGGUGAGCAGCAGGCUCAGGAGGUUUGCCAGAAGGAACGCAUCUCUGCAUCUGAAAUGGAGGAUCAGGUCGUUGCGAUCGUCACGCCGAAGGAGAAGGACGCUAUUACCCUCCUUCUGUCUAACGUUCACCCUUACUCGGACUCCCUGAGUCCCUCUUUUGCCAACGCCGUCUUCCGGCGCAUGAGGGAUAUCUGGGCCAAGGUGCCCGAGGACCGGCAAAUUGUCGCCGCCGAGCAGAUCUUCGAGAUCUCUCUUGGGCCAGCGGAUUCGCCGCUUGUCACUGGUUGUCGCGAUGUGCUGCGCGGCGUCGAGCUGCCGGGUCCUGUCUUGCUCCAUUUCCUGCAGAAGAUCCCUGCCUCCGUCACUGACAUGGAGUCUCUUGGACCGGCCCCGAAGAGAAGGCGCACUAGCCAGAACAACAUGGUUGCCAUGACCGUCCGCGACGAGGCGAACUUGAGCCAACUCAUGGAGGAGAUGACAUUCAUUCUGGAAUUGGUGGACAGCUCAUCCCCAGAGGCCCACCCCGAGCUGGCCGAUGGCCUGUUCCAGACGCUGGCCGCUCUUCAUCAUCUGAAGUCGCAGAUCCAGUCCGGAAUGAGCUACCUUCUGAGCCUGGCCCUUGGCAGCCUUUUGGCCAUCGUCAACCGAUCCAAGGCAAGCGCCAAACCGCAGUUCGACACCUCCGUCAUCCGCGCCGACCUGGCGGUGGAUUGCGUUCGCACCACCGACAGCCCUCAGGUGCAGAACUCGGCCCUUCUGCUGGUGGCCGGCUUGUCCGUCAUUGCGCCCGAGCUGGUUCUGCACAGCGUGAUGCCCAUCUUCACCUUCAUGGGCUCGAGCGUCCUGCGCAAGGACGACGAUUACUCCGUUUCCGUGAUCGACCAGACGAUCGACCAGGUCGUUCCGGCCCUUAUCCAGUCUUUGCGCAACCAGAAGCGCGAUGUGGUUUCGGGUACGUCGGAGCUGUUGCUCAGCUUCACUGCGGCCUUCGAACACAUCCCGUCGCACCGUCGCCUGCGACUGUUCCACGCUCUCAUCACCAAGCUCGGUACGCAGGACUUCUUAUUCGCCGUCCUUGCCAUGCUUGCCAACAGGUACUCUAUGGACAAGGAUGUGCUGGUCCUAAUGACCGGUCUCGUGUCCGAUGCCGACGCUCCUGUUGAACUCAGCACAUACAAGAAAUACCUGGAUCUGGUGAUCGAUUCGCUUAAGCAGAAGCCUGGUAUCUCGCAAGUGCUUCUUGGCAUCGGAAGUGACGACGGGCGCGAGCCUCAGAAGGUGGCAGUUGAUCUGCUCCGGGCCUUGGCCUACCUGUUCCGUCACUCGUCGUUGAAGACCAAGAUGGCCGAAGAUUUCGAGUCCGAGGGCGAUGCUGCCGGCCAGAUUCGGGAUCUGUUCUCCCGCAUCUUGGAGCAAGUGCUGGCCAUUGGCGAUUCCAUGCAGAACGUGAAGCCCGUCAGCCAAGCCAGCGGCGAAGUGCUCAGCGCGCUGUUCGGCACUCUGUCGCUUGCCGACUUCCUCGACACCAUCGAGGUCUUGCUGCAGCGGCCCAACGACGAACUCCGCCGCAAGGUCCUCCGCCUGUUGGAAGGCCGUUUGCGCCAGAACCCCGAACGGGACGGCCCUUCGCAGAUCCGCAUGUUGGACUUCCUGCCGACGCUCGUCGCCAUCGUGCAGACGUCUCCCGACAUCCUGCUCAAGCACGCUGCUGUGGCCUGUAUCGAUCGCAUUGCCGACAAGUACGGCAAGAAGGACCCGUCGAAGGUCAUCCCGGCUGCCGUUGCAGUGGCUGGCGAGACCUGUAUCGGGUCCGAGGACGACCGCAUCCGCAUUAUGGGUGUGUUGUGCUUGGCUUCGAUGGCCGAGGUUCUUGGGCAGUCGAUGAUUCCCGCUCUCCCCGCGACGCUCAGCCGCUCGCUGGCCUUGCUGGAGCUGAGCUUGCAGGCUGGCCAGGAGAACACGCGCCUGCACGAUGCCGUGUACUCGCUGUUCUCGGCUUUGUUCGUCCACCUGCCCUACAUGCUCUCCGGCGCGCAAUUGGACAAGAUUCUCUUGCUCUCGUUCAAGUCUGCCACCUCGGAGGAAAGCGAGGCCGAAAGCCGACAAGAGGCGCUGCGCUUGCUGGCGCGCAAGGUCGACGUCGCCGCCACUUUCGGAGCGGUGGAUCGCAACUGGCAGCAAGCCACGGCGGCUGGUCCGGAAGCGACCAAGGAGAUCCUGGAGGUUGUCAGCCUGGCUAUUGAGAAGCACCCGAAGUCGGCUAUCCACAAGAACCUGCCCGUCCUGACGAAUGUCCUGUUCAAGGCGUUUGACCUGCGCCGCGAGCAGCUCUCCCUCGGCACUCGGGCUACUCUCGAGCUGUCGGAUGUGGACGAGGUCGAGGACGGCAUCAACGAGAUGACGAUCAAGAUGAUCUACAAGCUCAACGACACGGCGUUCCGUCCGAUCUUUGUCAAGAUGCUGGACUGGGCCAACACGAGUGUUUCCAAGAAGGAUACGCAGGGCAACCUGGCCCGCCAGACGACGUUCUUCAAGUUCCUGCAGGUGUUCUUCGGCACGCUCCAGUCCAUCGUCACCGGCUACUCCAGCUACAUCAUCGACAGCACGGUUUCCGUGCUCAGCAAAGCCAAGCCGUCCGACCAGGCCACCAAGGCUCUCUGGCUGGCCACGAUGCGCAUGCUGCGCAACACCUUCGAGCACGACCAGGAUGAAUUCUGGCAAUCGCCCUCGCACCUCACCGCCAUCUCGCAGCCUCUGAUCUCGCAGCUGGCGCACGCCACCAACUCCCCCAGCGCCAACCUGGUCAUCGCCGAGACGGUGCCCACCAUCACGGAACUGGCCGUGGCCGCCGACUCGACGGACAACCACAAGGAGCUGAACACGACGCUGAUGCGCUUCCUGCGCCCGUCCGCGGUGGCAGGUAGGUCGGCGGGCGGCGAGAACCCGUUCACGCGCCUGGCGGCGCUCAAGGCCGAGCAGUCCCUGACGGAACAGCUGGGCGAGGAGUGGCUGGCGCUGCUGCCGGAGAUGCUGCCGUAUAUCAGCGAGCUGAUGGAGGACGAGGACGAGCAGGUGGAGCGCGAGGUCCGGAAGUGGGUGAAGCAGAUCGAGGGCGUGUUGGGGGAGAGGUUGGAUGAUAUGUUGACUUAAUGUCUGGCUCUAAAGAGAGGGUGAGAUAGGAGAGGGGAUGCAUGAUUGGCGUUGGUUUCUUGUUUUGUUUUGUACAUGAUUGAAA